GCCGGGCCCACCGCUCACAAAGCGGUGCGGGCACGGGCAAGGCCGAUGCGCGGCUGCGGGGCCGCUCAGCCCCAGAGCCGACGGCGCUGAGGUGCAGGGAGGGAGGACUCAUGGCGGAGGCGGGCGGCGCCUCGGCGGCGCCCGACAUCGACCCCGACUUCGAGCCGCAGAGCCGGCCGCGCUCCUGCACCUGGCCCCUGCCGCGGCCUGAGCUGCCGGCGGAGACGGGCGGCCCGGCGGGCGCGGCGGAGGAGAGCGCGGGCUGCGCGGCGGCGGGGCCCGGGCGGGCCGAGGGGGCGCGGGCGGCGGCGCGGAAGGGCGGCUCCCGGCGCAACGCCUGGGGCAACCAGUCCUACGCCGAGCUCAUCAGCCAGGCCAUCGAGAGCGCCCCCGAGAAGCGGCUCACGCUGGCGCAGAUCUACGAGUGGAUGGUCCGCUCCGUCCCCUACUUCAAGGACAAGGGCGACAGCAACAGCUCCGCCGGCUGGAAGAACUCUAUUAGACAUAACCUGUCCCUGCACAGCAAGUUUAUUAAAGUCCAUAAUGAAGCCACAGGGAAGAGUUCUUGGUGGAUGCUUAACCCUGAGGGUGGUAAAAGCGGCAAAGCACCAAGAAGAAGAGCUGCCUCCAUGGACAACAGCAGCAAACUUGCGAAAGUCAGAGGUAAAGCAUCUAGAAAGAAGCCUCCUCUCCAGUCUGCUCCAGAAUCUACUGCUGACAGUCCUGGUUCCCAGUUCCCUAAGUGGCCUGGGAGCCCAUCCUCAAGAAGCAAUGAGGACUCUGACAUGUGGAACACAUUCCGGCCUCGAACCAGUUCCAAUGCAAGCACCGUUAGUGCCAGGCUUUCUCCUAUCCUGACAGAGCAGGAUGACCUCCAUGAUGAAGAACUACUUCCUUCUCUGGUGUACUCUAGUGCAUCCAGCAAUGUUCCACCUACUGUGACUGAGGAGCUUGAGCUCAUUGAUGGGUUAAAUUUGAUGUCUCCCAGCUCAUCUGUGUUAUCUACCCAGCAACCUGCCUCAAGCGGUCAGAUCCAGAGAGAUUCCAGCUUUUCCUUGCGGAAUGCAUCUGGUCAGACCACUACUUUUGGCAAUUCCCUGUUUAACCCUGUUGAUAUCUCACUACAAAGUUCUGUCAGCCAUUUCUCUGCCCCUCAGAGCUUGGAAGCUCUUCUGACAUCCAGCUCUCCACCUCCAAGGGAUGUUAUGAUGACUCAGGUGGAUCCAGUUCUCCCGCAGACUGGUAACAGGAUGAACAGCCGAACUCUUCUGCUUCUAGGUGGACAAGCUGCCCAGAGUAAGAUGAGCUCAGGCAAUCCACGAGGAAAGCCUACAGAGCAGCAGGCAGAACCAGUCAGUGCCAGUGUUUUGCCAUCAACACUUCCUAUAGUAACAUCUCCUCAGAAUACUGCCAGCAUCACCAGUUUGAAGGCUUCACUUUCUGCAACAACUUCCCAGUCAGUCCAGCUGGGCAGUCCGCUGCUUCUUUCUUCUGCCAGCCCUGCUCCCUUGGGAUUGAACCAGGAGAAGCUGCCCAUUGACCUGGACAUUGACAUGUACAUGGAAGACCUUGAAUGCGAUAUGGAUUACAUCAUCAACAGUGAACUUAUGGAUGGAGAAGGAUUGGACUUUAAUUUUGAACCCAUUCUGUCUACUCCCAGCUAUCCCAGCACCUCACAGGCCUCCAACCAUACCUGGGUACCAAGCUAACUUCAGGAGCACAAAAAGUGUCCUUCAGGUUUGAAGAUAGGGUUCUGACUUCACUUCCCACCCUGGCAGAGAAAAGAAUGGAGCAUGUUGGAUUCGGUUUCCCUGCACACCAUGCCUUGGGCAGAAGGGGCUGCCUGCCUGGGAAGAAGGGACGACCUGCAUUUGGCUGCAACAGGAAGAGCUUAAAAAUAACAAUCCUGUUGUGUGUCACGGCUCUUCCUACAAACCUACCCUGUCUUGAACCAUCUGGAGAGACUCUGGGCUCUACAUGUCUGAAGAGGAGCACUGGUAAAAACCUUGGCCAGAAGAGUCUGUGCCAGGCACUCGGGUUUUCCCAUGUGAAGAGUUUGGUUUGCUGGAGGAAUCUCUCAGUGGCUGUCCUCUCUCUGCUAUGGCAGCAGGUCUCCCAGUGCCUCGGGCUGGGGAAGGUUGGCUCUGCUCUCUCUUGGCAUGCCCCUGGGGGCAGAGUAGUUGGAUGUUUUGGUUAAGCCACCAGAUUUGCACUUGCUGUCCCACAGGCUCGCAGAGGAAUUGUAAGGAGCUCACUGGUGGAAAGCCUGUGGGAAAAGGGUGCGCUGUUUCAGGGCUUGGUUUCAGUGUGCCCACUCUGGAGCAUCCAGCAUCAUGCUGCAGGGAAGGGUGGUGAUCGUGGUGUAGAAGGCUUCUUCUUGUCCACCUGAGUGGAACAGGAGGGCAUAAGAGUUUUUCACUGUGCCAUCUGAGCCCCAUUGAAUCAGAAGCAUGUUUCAAGAAGUCCCUAUGCUGUUGUCAGCAAUUUCCUGAUAAACCAGGCUGCUGUAAAAUAAGCACAGGUGCUAAUAGCUGUUCCUGGGACAUCAAAACAUCAGUUUGGGUUUGUUUCUGAUUUGUCUUGUUACAGCAGAAAAAUGGAAAGCCUGGGUGUGGCCUUAACAGAGCCCUGGUUGCUUUUCAGAAGGGCAUUUUCUAUAGAUUAAAUAUUUUUGUACUAAUCUGGGAACUUUCUACAGUGAAUACGAAGCCAAUGUUAAACGCGUCCCGAUUAGGUGUAUUAGGCAUCUCUCCCUCUGAGAAGGUACCAGUGACAGACUUCUCUUUCAGAGCUGUGUUAGGAACAAAUGCAUUUGAUGUUUGAUAAUGUAUAUGAUUGAGGGGAAAGAAUUGGCAGGUCCCCAUGGCUUCAAACCGUCUUGGGGAAGACUUGUACAUUAUUGUAAUCUAUAUGUAAAAGUAGCUGAAAAUUACAUAGAUGCUUUUCUAAACCUUUUUAAAUAUAUAUUAUAUAUUUUAAUUGAAAAUGAGAAUAUUGGAUUAAAAAAAAACCCCACAAACCAACAACAAAAAAA